GGACAAAGUAGUUAGAAAAAUGGAUUCAGAAAGGGAAAAAAAAUUGAGAGAGACAAUUCUCCAUCCACCAGAAGACUAACCGGUUACUUGAAGAAAAACCCAUCUCACCAAAUCCAAUAUUAAACAAACAAAUUAAAGAAACUGAUAGAACCUAGUUUUUCUCUGUCAUAUCUAGUCAAUGCCUCUCUAUAUUUCCUUGUCUCUCCCUUCUCUUCUCUUACCAUUCUACUCAUGCAGACAUCAAGGAGGAAGUCGCCUCUCCUAUCUUCAGUAACCAUAGCCAUGAAACACAGGAAGAACAACAAUCUCUCUGUAUUUGUUGUGGUAUCGUCUAUCUUUAUCUUCGGAGUCUUCAUGUACAAUGAGGACGUGAAGUCAAUUGCCGAGUUCCCAUUUUCAUGGCCUAAAUCUCAAGAACUCCAAGAAGAGCCAUCAAAAGGAACCGCCCCAGUUCAAGAAACCCUCAAGAAGGACCGAGAACUCCCAGCUUCGGUUGGUUCAAGAACUUCACUGGAAGAACCUCAAGUUGAUCAGGAAUUUGAAGAGAAUCAAGAAUCUGAUAAAUUGAAGUCUAGUGGAUCAAAAGAAUAUGAGGAAAAGAUUGAAUUGCCAAUCAUCGAAGAAGAUGAUGUAGAUGUUGAAUUGCCACCAGAAGAGUGUGAUCUUUUCACGGGACAAUGGGUUUUUGACAAUGAGACACGUCCUUUGUAUAAAGAAGAUGAAUGUGAGUUCCUUACAGCACAAGUGACUUGCAUGAGGAAUGGAAGAAAGGAUUCUUUGUACCAGAAUUGGAAAUGGCAACCUAGAGAUUGUUCUUUGCCAAAGUUCAAGCCAAGGCUACUGCUAAACAAGUUAAGGAAUAAGAGGCUUAUGUUUGUUGGGGAUUCAUUGAAUAGGAAUCAAUGGGAAUCAAUGGUUUGUUUUGUUCAAUCUCUAAUCCCUCCUGGAAGGAAGAGUCUGAACAAGACUGGAUCUUUAGCUGUGUUCAGAAUCGAGGACUAUAAUGCAACAGUGGAGUUCUAUUGGGCCCCGUUUUUGGUUGAGUCAAACUCCGACGAUCCAAACAUGCAUAGCAUCUUGAACAGAAUAAUCAUGCCUGAAUCAAUUGAUAAGCAUGGUGUCAACUGGAAGAAUGUCGACUACCUGAUUUUUAACACAUACAUCUGGUGGAUGAACACUUUCAGCAUGAAAGUUCUACGUGGAUCGUUUGAUGAAGGGUCCACCGAGUAUGACGAGAUCGAACGGCCAGUAGCAUACAGGAGAGUUCUAAAUACAUGGUCUAAGUGGGUGGAGAGAAAUGUGGAUCCCAAUCGCACCACCGUCUUCUUCAGUAGCAUGUCUCCUCUUCAUAUCAAGAACCUGGACUGGGACAAUCCUGCUGGGAUUAAGUGUUCUAAUGAAACUAAACCGAUCCUAAACAAGUCCAAGCCAUUCGAUGUGGGAACGAACCGACAACUUUUUGCGAUCGCAGUGAAUGUGACUCGUUCAAUGAAAGUACCAGUCAACUUCCUCAAUGUAACCACAUUGUCUGAAUAUCGGAAAGAUGCACACACGUCCAUUUACACAGCUAUUGAAGGCAAGUUACUCUCGCCAGAGAAAAAGUCUGACCCGCUCAAGUAUGCCGAUUGUUUGCACUGGUGUCUGCCUGGACUUCCUGAUACAUGGAAUGAGCUGCUCUACACAUAUAUCAUCUCUCGUACUUGACUCAAACAGAUUACAUUCUGGUUUUUUCUUUGGUAAUUUAAUUUAAUUGAUUCUCAAUGAAAGCAUAUAAUUGCUAUAUAACCUCUGCAAUUUGAUUAUUUGUUGAUGUUGAGUUAAUUUUAAAGGUAAAGAUGUAAUGAAAUUGAAACAGCGCAAUCAAUAUAUGCUCGUGUGUAUAACCCUUCGAU